GAACCUUUGUAUUAACAAAGGUUUCAAAAAUAUUUUUAAUAGUAGAACCAACACGUAGAAGUGUUGGUAUUUUACACAAAUAUGGAGGCACCACCUUCAAUGGGAGAUGUAGUUAUUGGAAUAGACUUAGGAACAACAAAUUCUUGUGCCGCUUACUACUUUAAAGGAAAAGUCAGAGUUUUAGAAAACCGAGAGGGAGAUCGAAUUACACCGUCUUCUGUGUAUUUUCAAGACCAAAGCACAGUAAUUGUUGGGAAAUAUGCCCGAAAAAUGGCUGAACAAACAAAUGAAAAUGAAGUUUUUGGAAUAAAGCGAAUUAUUGGAAAACAGUUUGAGGAUCCCAAUUUUAAAAACGACUUAGAACAUUUUCCAUUCACAAUUGAAUCAAUUGAAAACAAACCGAUUAUCACACUUAAUCAUAAAAGCGGAACUUGUAAAAAAACUCCUGAAGAAAUAAGUGCAGUUGUUCUUCAGAAAAUUAAGAAAGAUGUUGAAUCUAAAUUAGGAGGACAAAUAAAUAAAGCUGURAUUACUGUUCCGGCUUAUUUUAACGUUAAUCAGCGUGAGGCUACUUUAGAGGCAGCACAAAAAGCUGGAUUUACAAUAUUGAAACUUUUGAACGAACCAACAGCAGCUGCUUUGUGUUAUUACWUGGACCAAAAUUGGGAUGAACAAAGUUAUUCAUUGGUUUAUGAUUUAGGAGGUGGAACUUUUGACGUUGCCAUUCUUAAGAAAUUUGCUCAAAAUAUUGAUAUUAUUGGAGUUGAUGGUGAUACGCACUUAGGUGGUCACGAUUUUGACAAUUUGAUUAUAGAUUACGUUUGUGGCAUCUUAUCGAAAGAAUAUAAUUACAGUCCAAAAAAUGACAGAAGAAAAAUGAGAAGAUUACGCAAGAAAUGCGAGGAAGCAAAACAAUCGUUAUCAGAUAUGGAAGAAACUAUAAUAGCACUACCGGGAUUUAACGAAACAUAUAAUUUAAUCAACAUUAAUAUUACACGAAAGCAGUUUGAAUCAAUGGCCUGUGAAUUGUUUAAAAGAACCAUAGAUAUUGUCGAUAAAUGUUUGAUAACUUGCAACAUUUCAAAAACAGAUAUAAAAGAAGUAAUCUUAACAGGAGGUUCUACACGUAUUCCAGGAAUACAAAAUUUACUUUCGUCAUAUUUUGGUGGAGAAAAAUUAUGUAAGUUUACGCAUCCUGAGGAAUGUGUAGCUGAGGGAGCUGCGAUUCAAGCAGCUAUUCUGUCCAASAAUUCAGACCAAAGGAUAAAUACUAUUCGAAUAAAAGAUAUUAUUUCUUUGUCUCUUGGCACAGAUAUUAAUUACAAUUUAAUGAAUUUCAUUAUAAAACGAAACACAUCAAUUCCUGUAAAAAAUACAUUAGCUUACUUCACUGUUUACAAUCAACAAACGGCAAUGGAUUUUAAAAUAUAUGAAGGAGAACGCACUGAUGUUAGAAAAAACCGACAUUUGGGCAUUGUGACGAUAAGCGACUUAACACCAGCACCACCUGGCCAAUGUAAAGUACAACUGACAAUGAGCGUUGAUCAAAAUGGCAUACUUUCAUUAAAAGCAAAAGAAACAUUACGCAAUAAUGAAAAGGAUUUAAAAUUAUUAUACACAAGAGGUGGCAGAAGUGGCAGUGAAGUAAAAAGCAUUUUAAAAGAAGUUGAAGACCAAGCCGAAGAAGACAAACGAUUUGAAAAAUUUGCGAUAAUGAAACAAACUCUCUUCAAUUACUGCGAAAGUGUAAAGUAUAAUUUAGACAAAAAGCACUUAGGCUCGCCGUACAUAGAAAUUUAUAACUUCUGUAAGGCCACACAAGAAAAAUUAAAAUCAUUAGAACUUGGAAACGAAGACAAAGUAGACAAACUCGAAAAAGCUGCAAAAUCAAAAUGUGAUCCUCUUAUGCGUUAACAUUAUUUUGACUUUAUGCCAUAAUUUAUUUUUUAAUUAAAUAUUGGACAGUUCAAUGUACAAAAAUAAACUCUAUCAACUAAGCUUUGAUAUUAUUGAAAAAAAUUACUCAAUUUAUGUUUUCGUAAUCACGCUGGGUGUCACCACUCAAUAUGUGUAAGCUAUGUGUGUAAUUAGACACUCCUUUUUACACACGGUAAAAACUGUGCUGCCAAAAUAACAGGAAAGUUUUUGAAUAAAAAAUGAUUAACUCACCCACUGGUGUGCAUCACAAUAAUGCGCUUAUCAUCGACUGGAUGUGCAGGAGCUUGAAAAUGGAACUGAUGAAACUGGUACCAGUACCAACACAACUUAGGGUCACCAGUGCAUGGGUCAGAGAUGACAAUUUCCUGCGAAUUGGUUCCAAGCACACCAUGUAGACCAACCAAACCGGCAGCUCUUGAAUGAUCGUUGUCAACAACCGAAAUGUGAAAAUUCGAUUCGCCCACUACAAACCAAAUAAGCAAAAACCCAAAAACUGUUAAUAAUAAAUAACCUGGCAAGUACGAAGCCACACAUAGCAUUUUUCUAAUUGACGCUAUCCAGUCUUGUGCAUCACUUUCUGUGGCCCCUGACAGAAACAACAGAGGCUUUUGCGUUCGCCCCAUGGCAAACACACCAAAAGCAUACUGUUUGGUGCGAGACUCGGUUCUGCAAAUUGUUGAAGACCUGGGCAAGAGGAGACAGUUGAGAACUGACCCUUCCAUCGACGAUUUCAGCUUCAAUUCCACCCCAUUUUCAAUACUGUCCAAACGUUUUAACUCACACCAUUGUUUUUGCCAUGCCUGUAAACGACUGUGAGACACUUGAAGUGAGAAAUGCCCUUUGUUUACCUUCCACGGAGUGAGUCCUCUUCUGCUUUUCGCCGAUAUUUUCACGUCCAAAUAACCACAAAUCACACUGUUUCCUUGCAUUUUGUAAACAAAAACGGUUAAUUUUCAACUCUAAUUCGAUUUUCACCCCCGCCCAGACGCGACAACCCCUCCCUGCUCUGUUGAUUCAAAACCCGCCAAAGCGCAAGCAAAAUAAGCAAAACAGAAAAGUGUGUUUGUGACCGAAAAAAACGCGUUGAAGUGUUCUUUGGCUCGAAUUAAGCUGCACUUUUAGCUUUUUAUAAAUUAUUUCAUUCCCAAAAAUUUAUUUUCUUAACUUUUUCACUCCUCUGAAUAAGGAGAAACACCAGAAAUUAGAAGAUAUUAUUUAUUUCAAACAAAAUCUUGUAAAUGUUUUGCCGCUUUCUCGUCGAAAAUUUGAAUUUGACGUAUUGCUGUUUUUAGGUUAAAUAUCUUUCAAACGUGUCAAAUA